GAUAAUUUUUCAUUUAAUUUCAAUUUGUCGAAGUCUGAAACCAUUGUUCAAUUAAACAAAUAAGUUUGUCAAAACUAUCUUCCAAUUCCUAAAAAAAAAAAAUGUCAUGGAUAACUGGUCUUGCUGACAAAGCAGAAAAUAUAUUGAAUAAAUUAGAUCAAAAUGCUGCAACAGCUCUCCAAACUCCACCAAAUUCUUCCAACACAAUUACCACCACAUCAUCAUUACCAACAAUUAUUAAUCCAAACAUUAUUCAAAACGAUAGAAUUGAAGUUAUAAAUCGAAUUUAUCCAGCCAAUUCUCUACAACUCGUCAAAUCACCACUUUCCCCAAAACGAACUCCAUCGACGCCCACAAAAUCAAGUCCAACAAAACAAGUUGCUUCAUCUGUCGAUACAAUCGAUUUCCCUCAAGACAUAUCGAAUCUCUCUUCACGACGUAGUUCGUUAAGUUCACAACCCGACUCAGUGACAAUUGAUAUGUCUGUCACAUCUGAAAAGAACAAUGUUCCAACUCAACCCAAAUCGAUUUCAGAGAUUCAAGAGCUUGCUGCAUUUAAAAUUGCUCUAGCUGAUAUCUCGAAUGAGCGAGAUGAACUCAAAGGUAAACUUCUUGCCUUAACAGAUAGUAGCCAAAAUGCAUUAAUGCAAACUCGACUCGGAGAAAUGGAAAUUCUGGUUAAUCGAUUGACCGCUGAGCGGGAUCAAAUCCAGAAUGAACUUUAUGAUGCUCAGAGCACAAAUAAAGGCUAUAUGCAUUCCAUUUCUCAACUAGAGUCUAACAUUGCCAAGAUUCAACAAGAAUUUGUUGAUGUCACUAAGAAAUUACAAAUGCAAAUUAAAGAAACCGAACAGCAGCGUCUUGAUUUGGUUGAGUAUCGUAAAAAAGCACAACUCGCUUUGCAAAUGAAAGAUCAAAUGAUUAAUGAGUUAAAGUCACAAGGGAAUGGGGGAGAUAUUAAACAAUCUUCUUCUGAAAAUUCCAAUGAACGAGUGUUACUUUUAGAAAUAAGCACUUUAAAAGAAGAAAAUAAGCAAUUUCAAGAAGAAAUUCAAAAUAUUCGCAUGCAAUUAGAAAAUUCAAAGGCAAAUCUUCAUUCGAUUUGUCGUCAGCAUGAGGAGACUCUUUCAAUACUUCAUACAAACGAUGAUACACUUCGGAAAGAUAUACGUUCCGAGAAGGAGCGGAUAUUACAACUUGAAUCUGAGUUGAGGGUUUUGAAUCAGGAAUUGUUGGCUACACGGAAGCAAAUGGCAAGUCAAAUGGAAACCUAUUCGGCUACUAUUCAGGAGAAGGAGAAACAGUUGGAAAGAGUUAAGGCUAGUUAUGCAGCUGCACAAGCAGAUCCUACUGCUUUCGAGACACGAAUAAGGGCUUUAACUCAAACUCUGGUGGAAAAGCAAAAUUCAGUAGAAACAAUGACAGCGGAGAGGAAUGCAUUGAAAUUCCAAUUGGAAAAGGCUGAGAACCAGUUGAGAUUGUCUGCAUUUAACACUUCAACAGAACGGAAUCCUCUCACACUCGUCAAUCACACAGAUGAUGUUAAAGCUCAAUUUCCAAUUCUCAUGCGAGAAAAUCCAUUUGAUAAUCGAGUUGCCAGAAGGGUGAAACGUGCUUAUUCCACACUAGACUCAGCAGGGAUACGAUUGGGAGCAUUUUUGAGAAGAUAUCCACUAAUGCGAAUUGCUGUUUUGAUGUAUGUUGGGUUAUUGCAUUUGUGGGUUAUGUUUGUAUUGCUAUCGUCUACACCAACAUAACCUUGAAUGGAAGGUGAUAGUUGUUGUUUGUUAGAAUUUAUGUAAAUAUGUAUUAUUCCAAUAUAUUUUAAUUUUUAUUGAAGUAAUCUUUAAUCUCAAAA